CCUAUCCCCUCCCCCCUGCAGUCGUGGCAGGCCCGGCUUCACCCACCACCACUACGCAUGCGCCGGAAGCCUCGCUGCUAAUUGGAGAAGAGCAUUAGCUCAGCUAAUCAGUACGCAGGGUUCCUGGGGACAGCCAAUCCGAGUCCAGAGCGAGUCCGCAGCCUCCGCGGACAUCUGGGGUCUCAGGAGCCAAGACCCCGGCGCUCAUUGUCAUUCAUACCCACAAGGCAGCGCGACCACCGCCUGCCCCGCCAUGGCCCAUUUCCAGGGCCCGGGGGGUCCCGGCUCCAAGCAGCGGCUCCGCGGCCCGCCCGUCGGGUCCCCGCCGCAGCUCUUCGAUGACACGAGCGCGGAUCUCGGGCCCCCCCACGCCGGCCCCGCGGCCCCCGCCAUCGACAUGGGCUUCGGGGCGCUGCUCCCGGGGCCCGUGGCCGACGCGGCGGCCGCCUACGGGGCGUCGCUCGCCAGCCACGGCCAGGACGUGAUGCACACGGAGCUCCAGCGCUUCGUGGCCGGCAGCAGGCUCCGGCACCUCUUCGCCGUGGACACGGCCUACGUGGCCCGAAAGCUGGGGCUGCUGCUGUUCCCCUUCGCCCACCAGCACUGGGAGCUGCAAACCAGCCACGACCUGCCCCUGCCCCCGCGCCAGGACCUCAACGCCCCGGACCUCUACAUCCCCACCAUGGCCUUCAUCACCUACGUCCUCCUGGCAGGGAUGGCCCUGGGGCUGCAGGACAGGUUCUCCCCGGAGGCGCUGGGGCUCUGGGCCCGCCGGGCGCUGGGCUGGGCGCUGGCCGAGCUCCUGGCCCUGCUGCUCGGGCUCUACGUGGCGGCAGCGCCCGGCGCCCUCGGGCUCUGCGACCUGCUCGCCUACAGCGGCUACAAAUACGUCGGGAUGCUGCUGGCGGUGCUGGGCGGGCUGGUGCUGGGCCCCGACGGCUUCCACGUGCUCUUCGCCUGGACCUCCUGUGCCCUCGCCUACUUCCUGGCCCGGUCCCUGCGCACGAAGCUGUCCCCGGCUGAGGGUCUCGGCGCCCCGCGGGGGGCGGGGCGGGGGCGGAGCUACCUGCCCCUGGCGGUCGCCGCCCUCCAGCCCUUCGUUGCCUAUUGGCUCACGGCCCCGCUGCUCUCCUGAGACGCGCCCGGACGCCAGGGUGCUCGCACACGUGCCCGGACGCCUGGGUCCUCACACGCGUGGCCAGCCGAUCCCUGCGGCCUUCAGCACAGCGACCCCCGGACCCCGGGAUCCCGGAGCCGCAGACAGCCGGACACCUGAGUCCUCCGCGCACAGAUCCCGCCACGCCUGCGCCUUCGCCACGUGCUUGCCUGGACCCCCCCGCAGGUUGGAGCCAAGGCCUGGGAGCAAAUGCCCCGAGCACAGGACACGGCCCCCCCCCGAGCGCGGGGCGGCAAUAAAGACUGGGACAGUC